GCUGCCGCUAGGGUGCGACUAUUCUAGGCUACGGCAGGGCACGCCCCCAGUGAAAAUGAAUGAUCUCUCGCGGCAGUGACAGACAGUAGAUUGCGUUGGGGAAAACACUGUACUGUUCACCAAUGUCAUGAUGAUAAGCGUGCAGUGCAGCAGCAGCUUGUGAUGUUUACUGAGUGUGAUGUUUACUUAGGUGAUGUUUACUUAGGUGAUGUCUGAAAACUAGUAUUGCCAGGCAAUAGGCCUACUACAAUGAAAUGUAGUAUUGCCGUGGCAAUACUGGUGAAAUGGACUAUUGGAAUCAUCGAAGGACUAUGCCUUUAAUCUUGACAAUGGGGACAAAGGUUCACCACUGCAAUAAAUCACAGCAAGCACAGUUACUUUGCUCACAAUAGUUACGGCGGACCAGAGAACCAGGCUGAUAAUCUGUUAAAAUGGGGCGGCACAUGAAAAAUGUUGUGGUGGUUUCAUUUGGAUUUUUGCUUUUAUUCACUGCUACUGGAAGUCUGCUCAAUCUGCAGAGCAGCCUGAAUGCUGAUGAAGGCAUGGGUCUGGCCUCCAACAGCGUGACCUUUUCCUCCAUCAUCCUGUCCUCCAUGUUCAUCACCCCAACAGCCAUCAGGUACCUGGGAUGCAAAUGGACCAUCUUUGCUGGGAUGGCAUGCAAUGUGGUGUACACCGUAGGGAAUUUUUAUCCAAGCUGGGCAACCCUGAUGCCCAGCUCAGUGAUUGUGGGGUUGGGGGAGUCUCCGCUGUGGGCGGCCACAAGCACCUACUUAACCAUCAGUGGAGGACUGCAUGCAGUCCAAGAAAACAAGAAGAGUCAAGAUGUGAUCAACCAGUACUUUGGGAUUUUGUAUCUCCUCUACCAGUCCUCUGCAGUGUGGGGAAACCUCCUGUCCUCUCUGGUUUUUGGACAGGAUCCCAUAACAGUGAACAGCACAGGUGAUGAUUUACUGUUCUGUGGAGUGGACAGCUGUGGUGCCCCCGAUGUUUCUUCUGGAAAUUCCACCACCAGGCCAAACGACAGACUGGUGUACACACUCUUGGGCUGUUAUGUAGGCGUGGGUGUUUUGGCGAUGUUGCUGGUUGCUGUAUUCCUGGAUAAUAUUGACAGAAAAAUUACACCAGAGGCAAAGAGUCAGCAGACAGAAACAUUUUGCAGCACACUCUUAGCCACAUUCAGACAAUUAAAAGACAAGCGGCAAGUUCUCCUCAUACCAGUGACAUCAUACAUUGGACUGGAACUCGGCUUCCUGAGCGCGGAUUAUACAAAGAAUUAUGUAACAUGUGCCUUAGGAAUCCAUGUAGUUGGUUAUGUCAUGAUCUGCUUUGGGGUCACCGGGUCCUUGUUCUCCUAUGUGUUUGGGAGGCUGUCGCAGUACAGUGGAAGAAUGACGCUUUUCAUCUUAGCUGCAGUCACACAACUCUCCUGUAUCCUGGUGCUUCUGCUCUGGAAGCCUCAUCCAGACCAGCUGCCCAUCUUCUUUGUUAUCGGUGGCCUGUGGGGAAUGGCAGAUGCCGUGUGGCAAACACAAACCAAUGCUCUUUAUGGAGUUCUCUUUCAUAGCCAGAAGGAGGCAGCAUUUGCCAACUAUCGUCUUUGGGAGUCCGUGGGCUAUGUGAUCGCAUUCGUCUGCAGUUUUUUCCUUUGCGUGGAUGUUAAGCUGUACAUGCUUUUGGCUGUCCUUCUGCUGUCUGUAUCUCUGUGCUGUAUUGUUGAGUAUGAGGAGUCCAAAAACCCAACACCAGGAAUUGAGGAUGCCAAGUCUGUGGUGCCAGAAGAAAAAAACAAUGUGCUAGAAAUUCUUGAAACACCAUGUGACUGUUCAUUUUCUCCAUGCCAACACACCUAGAUGGGUUAUAUUUGAGGAAUUAUACAACCAAAAAUAACUUUAUUAUGUUGUGUUGAGAUGAGGUUUAAAACCGUUAACAAUUUGUACAAUAUAUGUUAA